AUGCCUGACCCUGCAGACUAUGAUACAGGACACCCCUUUACCGACAUAACAAAAGUAGAAAUGCUUCCUCCACCAAGCUCUGCUCAGCGCAGGCUGAUGACACCUCCACCACCUUCCGCAGCGCUACUGGAGCUUCAGAAGCAGGGACUGGAACUUGCAACGUCCAGAUCGCGAAGCAGUCUAUAUCUGGAUGUCCCUCACAAUAAAUCGGGAAGAUCGACCCCAUCUGACCGAGACAAACCCCUGCCGCUUGAGCCUUCUGAAAAGAGACGAUCCUCGAGCGUGUAUAGCACCGACACGUCAAUUACAAACAUUAUCCGCAUGUACAAUGGAUAUCAGGAGUUGAUCGACGAUCUUCCGUUGCCCACAUUACAUGCGCCACAGGCCUACCGGGAUACCAUUGCGCCGCUACUUAUCAAACGGAUGAGUAUCAGUAAGGCUCCCUCACCGCAGCCGCCUACGCCUCCCGUUUCCCGACAUAGCACAUCCAACCUUUCUGUCCACUCUCCUCCCCUGCCCGCGAGCAGUGUGCCGCUGGGCAACAAGACUGCACCGACCUUUGUUGAGUUCUCGCGUGCUCUUCAAGAGCGACGGAAUGAGCUUGUCUCACCAUUAUCUGCAUCUUCAGCGGAACACCACCGCCAAACAGCUUACGAUAAUCUAGCGCCUCCGUCUCCGCAAGUCUCAUCUGUCGAGCUGUCAUUAUCUGUUUCGCAGACUCCUCCGCUACCGGAUGCCAUGUCCGGAAGUAUAUCAGAUGUCGACGAGUCCGACCUGCUUCCGCCUCCGCUAGGUCUAACAGAUUCAGGUCCUCCAAGCCCGGUUUCGGCUGAAUGGGAGAUGCAUUCUGACAUUCAAAGUGCCAGUCCGGGUGAUGCAGCUGAAGAUGGACCGCAAGACGCGCCUGGUACCAAAUGGUCGGAGAAAUGGCUAGACGACGACUUCGUCCGAAGUCCUGUAUCGGGGUCAAAUAAACCAUGGGAACGAACGAGCUUCAGACUCAGGAAGAGUCCGACCGAGAAAGAGAAAGAGCGUAUCAUGUCCUAUGCCACGACUAAAUGGCCUGCUAUGACCGGAGAAGCUCCUGAUCGGAAGAAAUCGCAGCGCAGUAGUGCACGAUCGAGUCUGCAGCAAGGGGUUUCCAGCUUGCUAAGGUCAAUAUCCCGUUCCAAGCGUGAGGUGGACGAGCAUGGUACGCAGGAAGUGAAAGUCCCAGGAGAGAAGCACUUGGCGAAACCGGCUACCCCUUACCAGGUGUAUGGCGCAGAGAUCUGGUCGAAGAAGACCAAAAAGAAGCAGCAGCAACAGCAACUACAAGACAUACAGCGCAGCCAUAAGCGAGGGAUAUCUGUCGACCUUGUGCAUGCCUACCAGAAUGGACAGACUCAAUUUGUCGGCGUUAUUGAGGGUGCGAAGCGCAAGUUGACGAGGAGAACGUCUCAGAAGCGGCGGAGGAAGUUGAAGCAGAGUAUUGUGUUUGUCGGUCCAACACAGACGACUAGCACGAUGCAUUCCAUGGAUCGGUUUACAGGAGAUGAUGAAGCCUCGUGGAUCUGA